GUAAACAGCGUAGCGCCAAGUAGCCUGUAGUCCAGUCGAGGUACUGGUGUGUGAAGUCUAAACUGAUGUCUGCCUUAUUCUGUCGUCUGCUGAACUCGUGCAACAUGUAACAGUUUUCUGUUUCUGCUUCAUGAUACAAUGAUAUCCUCAGUGUCAAUAAUAAUUUUGAGAGAACAGUUUAGAAAAUAAGACAACUUUCAUUGCACUUUUAUUUUUUUUGGCAAUCAAUCUGCGCAUCUUUCCCUGAUCGUUUCAGACAGUCCUGUUCGUGGGUCGUGGCAGGUAUCCGCAUGCGUCGUCCUCAAACAAUUGAUGCCGUGAGCUGUUCUCAGAUUUUUAAAUAGGCUUACCUUUUAUAUUUUAUCUGGACAUGUUAUUUCUCUCAAAGGCCCGCGGCAUUUGAAGGUUGGGCUCCUGUUGAGGGUGGUCAAAGAUAGAGUCACACCACUACGUGUAGUACUGAGAAGAGUGGCCAAGUUCCAAUACACGGACUGGUGUAUCUAGGUAGGGUGGUCCAGCCCAGGCUCCAGGCUAUGUCUCCCUGGCUGUGGGAGAGCUAUUCCAUGCUGAGUUGAAAGGGACCUGCUUGGCUGGGGAAUACGGGAACAGACAUGGGGCUGGGACAGUCCAACAAGGCUCCUGUCACCGAUGACACAGAGGAGAUUCAUUUCGAUCACUUCCAAAUCUUAAGGGCUAUCGGGAAAGGAAGUUUCGGGAAGGUGUGCAUUGUGCAGAAAAAGGACACAAAGAAAAUGUACGCCAUGAAGUACAUGAACAAACUGAAGUGUGUGGAACGGAACGAGGUCCGCAAUGUCUUCAAGGAGAUGCAGAUCAUGCGGAACCUCGAGCAUCCCUUCCUUGUCAACUUCUGGUACUCAUUCCAAGACGAGGAGGACAUGUUCAUGGUAGUGGACCUGUUGCUGGGAGGAGACCUACGCUAUCACCUCCAGCAGAAUGUUCACUUCUCAGAGAACACUGUCAAGCUGUACAUCUGUGAGAUCGCCCUGGCGCUGGGCUACCUCUGCAGCAAACACAUCAUUCACAGAGACAUCAAACCUGACAACAUUCUGCUGGACGAAUACGGACAUUGUCACCUGACAGACUUCAACAUUGCUGCCAUCGUCAAAGACGAUCUAAGAGCCACAUCUAUCGCAGGGACAAAACCAUACAUGGCCCCGGAGCUGUUUCAGCCACACGAGGGGACACAUCCUGGCUACUCCUUCUCUGUGGACUGGUGGUCUCUGGGUGUCACUGCCUACGAGCUGCUGCGAGGACAGAGGCCGUACAUCAUGCGUUCCAGCAUGCCGGCCAAUGAGAUCCUCCAGAUGUUCCACAAGGUCAACCCCAGCUACCCCAUGGCCUGGUCUCUGGAGAUCAAGUCUCUGCUCAGAAAGUUGCUGUGUAUUGACGUGCACCAGCGAGUCUCCUGCCUGGCUGAGCUACAGGAACUAGACCUGCUGUCUGACGUCAACUGGGACUCCGUGCUCAACAAACAGCUUCCCCCCGGCUUCAUCCCCAACAGGCGGAGGCUCAACUGCGACCCCACCUUUGAGUUGGAGGAGAUGAUUCUGGAGUCUAAACCGCUGCACAAGAAGAAGAAGAGACUAGCCAGGAAGACCAGAGAGCAGGGUUCUGACGGGUCCCCCCAGAACGGUCAGCUCCAACAGCGCCUGGACAAUGUGGAGAGGGACUUCCUCAUCUUCAACAGAGAAAGGUCAAAGAAGGCUGUAGUGGGAACAGAAGCAACAGGCCUCACCACGACAGAGAAGAACAAGGCUAUUGAAGAUGGACAGAACAACAACGUGGACCCGGCAGCCUACAUAUCAGGAUAGUGGACUACGGCUUUAGCCCGAAGUCGCUACGUGUAUCUGGCCGCAGCUUGUAGAUCAACACCCAAUCUCCCACUCUCCCUCUGCCGCCGGCCGGUGUAGGCACUCAGAUUGACCUUUAACCCUGACACAUUCCCCAACAGCCAGCCACUAUACCCAGACUGCUGGAGGUCACAUAGACUACUACUCUACAGAGUGAGUGGCACCUGACCUAGAGCAGACAGACAGACCCUGGCUCGUUCUUCUUUUCCUAGCCCAGGGAUGUGGCCUCUCAGUGGUCACCCCUUCUUACACUCUGCCCUACCCUGACUUGGUCUGACUUGGCCUGAUGCACCAUGAUCCCCUGGAGCUCCCCUCCCUCCACCAAGUCAGCCAGGCCCAGAAAAGCAGAGACAGACAGGAUACAGCCACCAUGCCUGCUAAGCUGAGGCUAGGCUCAGGCCAGGAAGAAAAUGAAGCCUGAUGUUGACAAAUAGGGUACUAUGUCUGCAGUACAUGAAAACAGAGAAAGGGGGUGUAAGUUGCCUCACAAAAAAUGAAUAAUAAUUAGAGAUGAGAUAUACUGCCUUUGUUUUCAAGACACCAACCACAGAUUCCUCUUGGAAUACAAAGGGAACCACUGACUUCAGCAGAGGCAGAGUUUACUUAAUGAGUCUCUGUGAUGACGUUAGGCAUCACUUGUGCCUCUCAAGCAAACCAAGAUGACGGGUACUUGACAUGGACAUUUGGGAUAUAAAUAUUUAUAGAUAAAUAGAUAUUUAUUGUCUGUUCCGCACAGAAAAUAGCUUUGCACACGCUUCUCCAUUAAUCGUAGAGGUCAAAGUGUAGUGUCUGAAUUCUCUUCUGUUUAAUAUAGGGGUGCCGUAUAGCUACUACUGUAUAUGACACCUGAUUGGUUUCCCCAUGCAGACAAUGAUAAUCAUAUAUGUAGUCUAAUUGAAGUCACCAUCCUGUUGUUCAAUAUGUGCUUGGAAAAUAGCUUUGCCAGUCUUUUGACCCUUUCUGCAAUACAAUUACAUAUUAUCCAAGGCUUUCCCUGUCCCAGGUUAUCAGAUCUCCUAUUGGCACCUUUAUAACAACCAUUAUUGGUACAGAUAUUCUAAUUAUUGUAGGUUUUGAUAAAUGUAUGUCAUUCAAGGGCCCAAUGAAAGCAGAGUUGUAAAAUGAGUACUCUUAUUUGGUUUUUCAUUUGUUGUCACUGUGUGGACUAUUACCUGUAAAUGUGGUCAAGCAGCGAUUAUAAAAGUUGUGCCUUAAUGUAAUACUUUUCUUUGGGACCCCGACCUUAUUAUUUUAUUAAAUACACAAAAUGAGCAGUUAGGUAACAUCUGGGAAUUCAAAAGGAAUAGUUCACCAGUGUGUUUUUUUUUGCUAUUGAAAAGUAGCACAGUAAUAAAGUGCUUUAGGGGUUACCUAACUAACUGCUUGUUUGUUUGUUUUUGUUUGAAUAAAUAGCCAGAUAAGAACUGUGGCCUUGUGUGGAUUUAGCAACCGUUGGAGGCAUUGUUUAAAAAGACUGAAAAACAUCAUUGUAAAAGAGAAAAAAAAGUUGCAUUCAUCUCCUCCUGGGCAGACUGCCUUGGGUCAUACCACAGCACUUCCCAAUCCUAUUACCUGGAGCUGUGCAACUCUAUAUGGAGUAUAGUGGUUAUAGUGGGUAUGGAUCUCUAUAUGGAGUAUAGUGGUUAUAGUGGGUAUGGAUCUCUAUAUGGAGUAUAGUGGUUAUAGUGGGUAUGGAUCUCUAUAUGGAGUAUAGUGGUUAUAGUGGGUAUGAAUCUCUAUAUGGAGUAUAGUGGUUAUGGUGGGUAUGGAUCUCUAUAUGGAGUAUAGUGGUUAUAGUGGGUAUGGAUCUCUAUAUGGAGUAUAGUGGUUAUAGUGGGUAUGAAUCUCUAUAUGGAGUAUAGUGGUUAUGGUGGGUAUGGAUCUCUAUAUGGAGUAUAGUGGUUAUGGUGGGUAUGGAUCUCUAUAUGGAGUAUAGUGGUUAUAGUGGGUAUGAAUCUCUAUAUGGAGUAUAGUGGUUAUGGUGGGUAUGGAUCUCUAUAUGGAGUAUAGUGGUUAUGGUGGGUAUGAAUCUCUAUAUGGAGUAUAGUGGUUAUGGUGGGUAUGGAUCUCUAUAUGGAGUAUAGUGGUUAUGGUGGGUCUGUACCUCUAAAUGGAGUAUAGUGGUUAUGGUGGGUAUGAAUCUCUAUAUGGAGUAUAGUGGUUAUGGUGGGUAUGGAUCUCUAUAUGGAGUAUAGUGGUUAUAGUGGGUAUGAAUCUCUAUAUGGAGUAUAGUGGUUAUAGUGGGUAUGGAUCUCUAUAUGGAGUAUAGUGGUUAUAGUGGGUAUGAAUCUCUAUAUGGAGUAUAGUGGUUAU